AUGUCGUCACAAUUUCUCCUGCCCCUGAGGCUGCUUAGCCCUACCUUCUUCUACUCGAUCCUUCUCUUCUGUUCCAUCGCCAUCCUCAUUGAGGCUGAAGAUCCCACCUCUUCACCAGCUCAGCAAAGCGCUCUCUUCGUAGACCAGGCCACAGGCCUGGCUAUGGAACGUUUCUUUGGCGCCCGCACCUCCUUCGCCUUUGCGAUGGCUUUGCCGGAAACAGCUUCAUCAUCUUUCAUCGGGCAGCUGUCGUUCCCGCUUGUCAACGGCGCCGGGUGGGGCGCAAUGGGUUUGACUGGUGACAUGGAAGGAAACUUCUUCCUCGCGGCAUGGCCAGAUGGCCAGGGUUGUGUCAUGGCUACCUUCCGUCAGGGCACCAACGAGGACAACCCACCAGAAGUCAAGGGCAACUUUGGCGUCCGUCCCAUUACUGAGGGUGUCUCCGUCAACGCGACCUCUUUGACGUAUACCUUUCUCUGCGAAAAUUGUCUUGAUGCGACACUGGGGCUCGGACCGGAAGCUACGAGUGCCAACGCCGUUAUGGGUUGGGCUUUGUCGGAGAAGGCGGUGAGAUAUCCCGGAAAUCCUGGAGCGACUUUGGGGUUUCACGAGCGAGGAUUUGGUCCUUUUACUGCUCGUCUCGGAAACGCAAAGUCUGCGCAAUUUGAUGCGGUGGCUGCCACCGCUGGGCAACCAGUUGCUGGAUCGAGUCGGGCGGUUGCGGUGACUCCGAAUGCGUUCCGUGAGGGAGAGGGCGGGGAUGACGAUAAAGGAAAAGGGGGGGGAAAGGGUGGAGAUGAUGAUGAUGACGACGACUAG